UUGUAAAAAAAAAAAUAUGUGAUACUUAAUUAAAGGAGUGUUAUUCACUUAAUUGUUUAUCACAACUUGAAAAUGAAAAUGGUGUAUGCAUUUAUACUGAAAAAAAUAAUAAUGAAAAUGAUAUCGGAAAAAAUAUGUACACACCGAAGAUAAGAGAGCUAUAUAGGAAAAAAAGUUGUAUGCUUUUGGGUAAGUUCUCUUUACUGUGUUAUUUUUUACUUAUAUAAUAAUGCUGCGGUGCAUAAAAUCUUUUUUAUUUCAGAAUUUUCACGAAAAAAUUUGUACAGUUCAAUUUUUGCCUCUAUCGCAGUAAUUGUUUAUUUUUCAAUAUUUGAAAUAUUUAACUCAAUUUGAAAAAAUUCAAAAAAAUAAAUGUAAUAAGAAAAAUAAAAAUAAAACUUAAUCGACUUAAUUAAAAAAUAUCAUUUAAGUAGCAAAAAAUUAAAACACGAUCUAUUCACAACUACAGAUAAACACAAUAAUUAGGAAUCUUUUUAUUUUAAAUAAAAUUGUUUUAGUGUAAAAUUUAGCGACGUGUUCUACGCGACACUUAAUCAUCCAACGUCGACGAAACCGGCAAUUAUGAUUGCACUGGCGCUGGCUCGACUUCCGCCGUAUUCAGUAAAGGGCCGUGGGCGCUGGCGAAGAGCCCUCGCGCUGCCCGCCCGCCGCCGCUGUGUGUUGCCUUCCCCGCCUCCGCCGUCGGUCGGUCGGUCGGAGCUGCUGUGCCGUGCACUCCCCAACCCACCCAUUUUUGCCCAUGGUUCCCUUCCCAUCCCGGCAUACACAGCACACUGUCGCUGGCUCGGCUCGCCGCGCCGCUCCUCCACCACCUCCUCGUCGCUCUCGCUCAUGUUCGCUGCGCUCGGUCGGUCGGUUCGGCAGCGUGGUUUUGCCUACGACGAACUUGUUCAGGACCGACUCGCGCCAGGGUGCCGCAGACAGGUUGAUGCAAGAAGUGCAGGUGCGCCCUGAGGAGAAGAAGAAGUGCAGUGCGCGUUACAGUUUUUCGUUAGUUGUUUUCGUUGGGGACGCCACCGUGCCCGUCUUGAAUGACCACCGCCAACCCCUACACCAGUGGUGAGCACCACGGCCUGGCCUACCCGGGCCCGGCGGCGCCCGGGGGCGCCGCCCCCGCCGGGGUCAUCGAGCCCCCGUACUGCUCGUACGACUACAUGCGUCAGAACGGCAUGUACCACCACCAGUUUCCGCCGCAGCAGCAGCACCACCAACCCUUCGACCCUUACAAUCACAGGUCGGCCUACCGUGAUACCUCGAUGAAACAAGAGCCACACGACGAUGGUUACGAAACGAGCGGAGAUUUGGAAAUUAGAGCUCAGGGUGACGGCCAGAAGCUGUACAACGCAAUGCAGGCAUCGCUCAAUAUCAAGCAAGAACCCACACACGAUCCCUACAGCUUUGUGGACGAGGAGGUGGCGGCGGCUUCGCAGAACCGCGGCCCACCCGUCCCCGGCCUGCCCGUGCCCAUGCCCAAAAAGCGCGGACGCAAGAAAAAGCUCAAGCCCGGAGAGGAAGGAAUGACUGAGGAAGAAGAACCGGCGUUGAAGAAGAAAAUCAAGGAAGAAAAGACUGUGAAGGAGCGCAAAAAGCAUGACAGAUUUAACGGCAUGCCCGAGGAAGAAGUCUCAAAACGAACCCUGCCUGACCAUCUAACUGAAAAUUUGGAUAUUAUUAUUAUUGGGAUCAAUCCAGGCCUUUUUGCGGCCUACAAAGGUCAUCACUACGCAGGCCCUGGAAACCACUUUUGGAAGUGCUUGUACCUGUCAGGUCUGACGCCGGAGCCCAUGACGUCCGACGAUGACUACAAACUGAUGCAAUACGGCGUCGGCUUCACAAACAUGGUGGCCAGAGCGACCAAGGGCAGCGCCGACUUGACCAGAAAGGAGAUCAAGGAGGGAUGCCAAAUUCUGCUCGAGAAGGUCAAAAAGUACAAACCCAAGAUCGCCGUGUUCAACGGGAAAUUGAUCUACGAGGUUUUCUCCGGCAAGAAAGACUUUCCUUUCGGCAGACAGGCCGAAUUUGUGGAGGGCACAAGUACCUACAUGUGGGUGAUGCCAUCGUCCAGUGCCCGAUGUGCUCAAUUACCACGCGCGGCGGACAAAGUGCCGUUCUACGCAGCGCUCAAGAAGUUCCGCGACUACCUCAACGGCAUCAUCUCCGAGCUGGACGACAGCGAAGUGGUGUUCAACGACCCCAAGUUGCGGAACAUCACCGAGAACGGCGAGACCAAGGAGGACUGCAAAGAAGGCUUCCAGGGGUAUGGACGACUGCCCAACAACGGCGACCUCACCGACCUGAGCAACGCCAAAAAGGGCGAGGGGGGAGAGGUGGUCAAGAAGAAGCGCGGCCGGCCCAAGAAGAUAAAGGGUGAGGACGGGGCUGAGGCGCCGCCCCCAAAACCGCGGCCACCGAAGCCACCGGCCUCCUCUGUGAAUGGGGACACGCCGAAAAAGAAACGGGGCCGGCCCAAGAAGGUCAAAGACGGUGAACAAGUGGCGCCGCCACCACCCCAGCAACAACCCCCACAGCAGAUGCAGCAGCACAACGGAAUGGUAGUGCCUAUGAACAACUGCUUCUCGCCGCCCCCGAACACCUUCCACCCGAACCAGUUCAACCAGUACAAUCAGCCGCAAAACAUGUACCAGCAGCAGCAGCAGCCGCAGCAGCAGCAGCACUCGCCCAACUCUGCUCAAUACCAGCACCAGUCGCCACCCCUUGCUCACCGCUACAACAGUCAAUCACCGCGUCCCAGCUCGCAGCAGCCCUUCACCCACUCGGACCUCUCCUCCGAGAUCAGCGCCGCCAUCAGCUCGGAGCACAAUCUCGGCUCCCCGCCGCCCACGUCCCCCAGUCUUGGCCCGCCGGACUUUGAGCCGCCUACUAGUAUGCCUGAGGAAAACAAGGAGGUGACAGAAGCGCCAGGGGUGAACACAGUGCCCUUCUCGAGUCCGACGCCGCCGUCGUCCAACUCGGCCUCGCAGGACCUGCAGACGCAACUUCCUCAGCAACAACAAGGGCAACAGCAGCCGCAACAACAGUACCCUGGACAGUACCCUUGCUCAGGGGUGGUGAACACGCCAGCGUCAACGCCACAGGACGUGGCGUCCAAGAGUCUUUCGGGCCUCGAGUCGCUCGUCGACCAAAUUCCGAGCAUCACAGACAACCCCAAUCCGGACACGCCGUCCUCAGUAGGCGGCGGGGGCGGCGCCUUUGAGCCUGUUGGCGGCUACGACGAGGGUGGCACCCCCUACGCGAGCUACCCCGCGGCCUACCCGGCCUACUCGGCCGCCGCCAGUACAAACUACAACUCGUUCUCGGUGUCGUCGCUGGCCAACAGCAGCGCCGCCUCCGGAGGCGGCUCGACGGCCGCCCCCGACCUGAACUCGCCCUUCUCGGUGUCUAGUCUGGCCUCCAACUACAACCCGCACCACCACCCGGGCGCCAACUCGCAGGGCUACCCCAACCUGAUGGGCGGACACAUGAUGGGCAACCAGGGCAUGUUCGGCGCGCCGCCCAUGCCCUACCCUUACGGCCAGUACCCGACUGCCGCCUCCGGCUACCCCUACUCGCCGUCGACGAUACACAUGCCGUCGCCCAACUACCCCUACCCGUACAACAACAACCCCUACCACCACCACCAGCCGCCGGCGUCCGGCUACCUGCAGAACCACAUGCUGGACAGGAUAAAACAGGACCGCAUGGACAUCGGCUUUGGUGGAUUCUGAUAAACGCUCACCAGUGAAUUAAUUAGUUGAAUAUAAUCCGAAUCGCUUAAAGGUCCCCCGUGGCGUUGCUUUUUAUUUAAAUAAGAAUUGAAAUAGAAAACAUUCCGAUCAAUUUUUAUAUUUCAAAUUCUGAAAGUUUACAAAAUUUUAUUUACAAAAACUCAAAACUAUUUACUAUUAAUUCGUCAAAUGAAAAUUUUAACAUCUAGAUUGCUUAAUCUCUGUACUCUGAGGUCAGAUUAAAAAAAAUGGAAAAGCCAAUUUUAUCAUUGUAGGAGGGAAAUUUUUACCACCAUUAAAAUGAGCAAACUUUCAAAUUCAGAAAUAAAAAGUUCAUCGGUGUGCGUCUUCUUUGAGAAUAUUUUUUCGUCUCCAAAAUUGAGACAAUAUUUUAAUUUUAAUUUUUACCUUUUUGGAUUUAAGGAGGAAGAUUCCCACGGGCGACCUUUAAACACUCGCUUUUCGUUUCUUAUAGUUAGUGUUUAGCUCUCGAGAGUUAGGUGGCUAAUUAAUUAAUUACUACGGAAAAUUCACUCACUCUAGAGCAUUGUUUGUGCCGCCCUCUCGGCUCGUGUAUAAUUCUAGACGUGUAAGGCUCUUGAUAAUUAGCUCCGUUUGAACUCGUAGAUGAAAAGCAAUUAUUAUAUUGUCAUUCACUCACGCGACGAGAUUUUUAACGAUGUGUAAUAAUAUUAUUUUGGAUAAUCAAACCUUUUGCAUUAGUCAAAAUUUGUAUAAAGAUUUUUGUGAAUUAUUUCACUAACUGGUAA